AAUCGACAUUUUCUCCACCCCUACACUAAUUAAGUUAAAAUUGUAAAGAAAUCGUAAAACUCGCCAAUUAAAAACCAUGGCCACCUUGGAGGAUAAACUACUGGGCGAGAAACUGGAGUACUACUGCAGCAGCAGCGAGGGCGAGGACAACGGGGACGAUGGCGACGACGAGAAAGGAGCUUCCAAAUCAGGCUCCUCCGGUCUCACAAUCAAUACGGAUCCAAAUGCUACUCCGGCUGGGGGAUUCAAGCAGAGGGGCUCCACCAACACGGGGCCGAAGGGCGUCGUGAAGGAUUGGCAGCGAUUCAAGCAGCUGGAGGCGGAGAGACGCGAUGAGACGGAGCGCCAGAGACUGGCCCUGGCCAAGAAACUCAGCAUGACGACGAGCACAGCUGCCGAGGAUGAGGAGCGCAAGCGGCAGGAGGAACUGGACGCCGAAAUGGACGAACUGAUGAGUGAGGACUUCCUGCAGCAGUACCAGAAGCAGCGCAUGGCCGAGAUGCUGCGCCAGACGGGUCACAACCAGCAGUUCGGUAAGGUUCAGCAGCUGACCACCAACGAGGAGUUCCUCGCUUGCGUCGAACAGGAGAACAAGCACACCACCGUAAUAAUCCACAUCUACGAACGAAAUCUGUCUGCCUGCACUACGCUCAACAACUGCCUGGACAGCCUGGCCAGCGACUAUCCGUCCAUCAAGUUUGCCAAAAUAUGUAGCUCCGUGGCCGGGAUGAGCCGGGACUUUCGCACCAAGGGUCUGCCCGCAUUGUUGGUCUACAAGGCACAGGCGGUCAUCGGCAACUUUGUGCGACUGACCGAUGAUCUGAGUGACGACUUUUUCGCCUCCGAUGUCGAGAGUUUCCUCAUCGAGCACGGCAUUAUCGUAGAUAGGGCUCUAUACAAUUAGGCGCACUUAAGUCCUAAUUCCCGAUCUGACAGGUAAUCAGGUAAACUAGAUUUUGUAAAAAUCUGAUAUUAGUUGAGGUCUUAGUAUUGUCACAAAUAAAAAUGGAUUUUUGUUGUAAAAUAA